CUCCUCCUCUUUACGUUGCUCCUCCUUACCAUCACCCCAACCCAAGCCGCAGACCUCAAUAUCUUCGACUCCUCUUCCACCUACCACUACGCGGGCUGCUGGAACGAAACGACGGAAAUCCCCAACACCGAGGGGCUCCGCGCGCUCGCAGGCGGUAGUUCGGAACAAGUCCCGGUCACUAUGACGGUUCCCCUGUGUCUCAACUACUGCGCGGGAAACAACACCGCCAAGACGCAGUACCGGGUCGCUGGGCUCGAGUACUCGCGCGAGUGCUGGUGCGCCGACGAACUGAGCUCGCUGAGUGUUAAGUUGGAUGAUGCAGACUGCAAUACGGCUUGUGAUGGGGAUAAUACGACGGCGUGCGGGGGUGCUUUAAGGUUGAGUUUGUAUAAUUUGACC